CCAAACUUUCAUUUGACGUUUGUGCCAAACAUCUUCAUUUGUUGUCUGUGAUGCCAAACAUCAAGAAAUGGCGGUGAAAACGCUACGUUAAUGUUGAUGUUAUUAUAUUUAAAUUUUAAAGAUCUGUGUUAAAAUAGCAAAAUGCACAUAAAACAGGUGAUAAUUCAGGGUUUUAAGAGUUAUCGCGAACAAAUUGUUGUAGAGCCCUUUGACAGACGGCACAAUGUGGUGGUUGGGCGUAAUGGUUCCGGAAAAAGUAACUUUUUCCAUGCCAUCCAGUUUGUACUCAGCGAUGAGUUUUCUCACCUCCGGCCAGAACAGAGGCUGGCCUUGUUGCACGAGGGCACUGGGCCGAGGGUGAUUUCAGCAUUCGUUGAGAUCAUAUUUGACAACUCUGAUAACAGAAUUCCGAUUGAGAAAGAUGAGAUAUUCCUGCGUCGAGUGAUUGGCACGAAGAAGGACCAGUUCUUCCUCAACAAGAAGGUGGUGCCUCGCUCCGAGGUGUUGAACCUUCUGGAAAGUGCUGGCCUGUCCAACUCCAAUCCUUACUACAUUGUCAAACAAGGAAAAAUCAACCAAAUGGCAGUAGCACCAGACUCGCAGAGAUUGAAGUUACUCAGAGAGGUAGCUGGGACCCGGGUCUAUGAUGAACGAAGGGAAGAAUCUGUUACUAUUCUCAAGGAAACUGUUGGCAAGGUGGAGAAAAUAAACGACUUCCUCCAAACGAUAGAAGAGCGCCUUAAAACUCUAGAAGAAGAAAAAGAAGAGUUGAAAGAGUAUCAGAAGUGGGAUCGCGCGAGACGUGUGCUGGAGUUCAUCAUACACGACACGGAGCACAGGGAGAAUAAGAGGAAACUUGAAGACUUGGAAAAAAUGCGCGCUAAUAGCGGCAAAGAGCAACAACAUUACGCCGACAUGGUGCGCGAGGCGCAGGACCACGUGCGCGAGUCCAAUAAAAAGCUAAAAGACGCCCGCAAAGACGUGGCGGCGGCGCGCGAAGAGAAAGACAUUCUUUCCACUGAACAGCAGCAGUUGGUGCGAGAGAAGACUAAACUAGAGCUGGCUAUCAAGGAUCUCACAGACGACGUCGACGGCGAUAACAAGUCUAAGGAACGCGCCGAAGCGGAACUCGACCGUUUGCGCCAACAAAUAUCUGAAAAGGAACGCGAGUUGGAGGAACUGAAGCCGAAGUACGAAGAGAUGAAGGCGCGAGAGGAGGAGUGCACGCGCGCACUCAACCUCAACCAGCAGAAGCGGCAGGAGUUGUACGCCAAGCAGGGCCGCGGCACGCAGUUCACCUCCAAACAGGACAGAGACCGCUGGAUAGAGAAGGAGCUCAAGUCGCUAAGCAAACAGAUAAAGGACAAGAAAGACCACGAAGCGAAGUUGCGCGAAGACCUGCGUCGCGACGGCGUCAAACUGACGGAACUGGAGAAACGUAUUGAGGAGACAACCAAAGAGAUGGAGAGGCAGAGAGUGGCCAUCGACGAGCACAACAAGCAGUACUACGAGUGCAAGAAACGGAAGGAUCAGGAGCAGAGUGCUAGGAACGAGUUGUGGCGCAAAGAGACAACGUUGACACAGAAUUUGUCGUCGCUCAAGGAAGACCUGGCCAAGGCCGACCAAGCUUUACGUUCUAUGGCUGGAAAGCCCAUUCUCAACGGCAGAGACAGUGUACGCAAAGUACUAGAAACAUUCCAGGAGAGAGGCGGCGAGUGGGCCCGCAUAGCCACCCAGUACUACGGGCCUGUCAUCGAGAACUUCACCUGCGACAAGACCAUAUAUACAGCUGUUGAGGUGACGGCAGGCAACCGUCUCUUCCACCACAUAGUGGAGUCGGACACAGUGGGCACGAAGAUCCUGAAGGAAAUGAACAGGCAGAGCCUUCCGGGGGAGGUCACCUUCAUGCCUCUUAACCGACUUCAAGUUCGAGAUAUGACAUAUCCCAAUGAUAAUAAUGCAAUAGCCAUGGUACAAAAGCUGAAGUACGAUCAGAAGUAUGCCAAAGCGAUGAAGUAUAUCUUCGGCAAGACCCUCAUCUGCAGGAACUUGGAGUGUGCCACGGAGCUGGGAAAACAGUUCCACCUUGAUUGCGUCACUUUGGAGGGAGACCAGGUAUCCUCAAAAGGCUCUCUCACCGGCGGCUACUUCAACCAGUCCCGCUCUCGGCUGGAGAUGCAGAAGACUCGCUCGGAGCUGAUGGAGCAGAUCACCACCCUGGAGGAGGAGCUCAGCACUCUGCGCCAGGAGCUCAACAAGACUGAGACCAGCAUCAACACCAUCGUGUCGGAAAUGCAGCGGACUGAGACUAAACAAGGGAAGGCCAAGGAUAUUUUUGACAAAGUGAAAGCAGACAUCCGUCUGAUGAAGGAGGAACUUGCGUCCAUCGAGAGGUUCCGCGGGCCCAAGGAGCGCUCGCUGGCGCAGUGUCGCUCCAGUCUGGAAGCCAUGCAGGCCACCAAGGAGGGCCUGGAGUCUGAGCUGCAUCAGGAACUGAUGGAGCAACUGUCAACUGCGGACCAAGGCAAGGUGGACGAGCUGAACGACGCGAUACGGAGACUUACUCAGGAGAAUAAGGAGGCUUUCAGCCAGAGAAUGAACCUCGAGGCGACUAAGAACAAGCUGGAAAACUUGCUCACAAAUAAUUUGAUACGACGUAAAGACGAAUUGGUGCAAGCCCUUCAAGAGAUCUCGGUAGAAGAUCGCAAGAGACGCCUCAGCAACAGCAAGUCGGACUUAGCCGCCGCGGAGAAGAGAAUACGGCAGAUCAACAAAGAGUUGGAGGAAGUCGAAAGGAAAGUGCAAGCUGCUGUCAAAAAUGAGAAAGCACUCAAACUGGAGCUCGACAAAUGGAGGAACAAAGAAAAAGAAGCCCAAGAUAAGAUGGAGGAAGACGCCAAGGGUCUGGAGAAGAUGGCGUCCAAGGAAGUGCUGCUGCAGGAGAAGAUACAGGAGUCGCUGGACAAGAUCGCGGCGCUGGGCACGCUGCCUAACGCGCCGGAGCUGCACUCCAAGUACCAGAAGAUGUCCUUGAAACAGUUAUUCAAAGAGCUAGAGAAGGCCAACCAGCAUCUGAAGAAGUACAACCAUGUCAAUAAGAAGGCCCUCGACCAGUUCAUAAGCUUCUCUGAACAGAAGGAGAAAUUGUACAAGAGGAAAGAAGAACUCGAUAUUGGAGGCGAGAAAAUUCGCGAACUAAUCGAAACGCUGGAGCACAGGAAGCUAGAAGCCAUACAGUUCACGUUCAAGCAAGUGAGCAAGAACUUCACCGACGUGUUCAAGCAGCUGGUGCCCCAGGGACGAGGCAGCCUCAUCAUGAGAUCGGGCCCCGAAGAACAAGAUAUCAACCCUGAUCGCGCCAACGCGGAUCCAUUCACGGGCGUGGGCAUCAAGGUGUCGUUCACGGGCGGCGACGGCGACAUGCGCGAGAUGAACCAGCUGUCCGGCGGGCAGAAGUCGCUGGUCGCGCUGGCGCUCAUCUUCGCCAUACAGAAGUGCGACCCCGCGCCCUUCUAUUUGUUCGACGAGAUCGAUCAGGCGUUAGACGCUCAGCACCGCAAGGCGAUCGCGAACAUGAUCCACGAGCUGAGCAGCUCGGCGCAGUUCAUCACCACCACGUUCCGGCCCGAGCUGCUGGAGCACGCGCACAAGUUCUACGGCGUCAAGUUCCGCAACAAGGUGUCGCACGUCGAGUGCGUCACCAUCGACGAGGCGCGCGACUUUGUGGAGGACAGCGCGACGCACGCGUAGCGGGCGCGCGGGUGUCUGCCCGCUGUCGACGCGCUGCUGCGGUUCUUUAGUUGUCGACGUAAAUAACUGGACAUUUGACUCUUGAUAAAUAAAUAAAUAAAUAAAAAUAUAUAAGUUCCGCAACAAGGUGUCGCACGUCGAGUGCGUCACCAUCGACGAGGCGCGCGACUUCGUGGAGGACAGCGCGACGCACGCGUAGCGCGCGCACGGGUGUCUGCCCGCUGUCGACGCGCUGCUGCGGUUCUUUAGUUGUCGACGUAAAUAACUGGACAUUUGACUCUUGUUAAAUAAAUAAAUAAAUAAAAAUAUAUAUGUUCCGCAACAAGGUGUCGCACGUCGAAGUGCGUCACCAUCGACGAGGCGCGCGACUUCGUGGAGGACAGCGCGACGCACGCGUAGUGUUGUCUGCUCGCUGUGGACACGCUGCUGCGGUUCUUUACUUGUCGACGUAAAUAACUGGACAUUUGACUCUUGUUAAAUAAAUAAAUAAAUAAAAAUAUAUAUGUUCCGCAACAAGGUGUCGCACGUCGAGUGCGUCACCAUCGACGAGGUGCGCGACUUCGUCGAGGACAGCGCGACGCACGCGUAGCGGGCGCGCGGGUGUCUGCCCGCUGUCGACGCGCUGCUGCGGUUCUUUAGUUGUCGACGUAAAUAACUGGACAUUUGACUCUUGUUAAAUAAAUAAAUAAAUAAAAAUAUAUAUGUUCCGCAACAAGGUGUCGCACGUCGAAGUGCGUCACCAUCGACGAGGCGCGCGACUUCGUGGAGGACAGCGCGACGCACGCGUAGUGUUGUCUGCUCGCUGUGGACACGCUGCUGCGGUUCUUUACUUGUCGACGUAAAUAACUGGACAUUUGACUCUUGUUAAAUAAAUAAAUAAAUAAAAAUAUAUAUGUUCCGCAACAAGGUGUCGCACGUCGAGUGCGUCACCAUCGACGAGGUGCGCGACUUCGUCGAGGACAGCGCGACGCACGCGUAGCGUGUCUGCCCGCUGUCGAUGCGCUGCUGCGGUUCUUUACUUGUCGACGUAAAUAACUGGACAUUGGGCUCUAUCUAACUAACUUAAUGAAGUAAAUGCGCAUAUUAGACGUACUCGUGUAUAUGUAAGUUGCGCAACAAGGUGUCGUACGUCGAGUGCGUCGCGACGCACGCGUUUCUAGUGCGAGCGCGACGGCGCGAUGCGCGUGCAGUGAGAGCGAGCGGGAUAGAUGCGUUACAUCACGCUUUGGAAGCGCUGCUGUAUUUCUUUAGUUGUCGACGUAAAUAACUGGACAUUGGGCUCUAUCUAUCUAACUUAAUGAAGUAAAUGCGCAUGUUAGACGUACUCAGCAUAUUGGUGUAUAAGUUCCGCAACAAGGUGUCGCACGUCGAGUGCGAGCGCGACGGCGCGAUGCGCGGGCCGUGAGAGCGAGCGGGAUGGAUGCGUUUCAUCACGCUUUGGAAGCGCUGCUGCGUUUCAUUACUUGUCAACAUAAUGUUUCUUGGAUAUGUGACUCUAUCAAUCUAACAUGAUUAUGAAAUGAAAAAAACCGUUUAUUAGUCGUAUAGUGCGACACAAAAGUGUUGAAAAUAAAUGAGGGCGCUGUAGUCACUUAUUGUCGUGUUGUGUCAUCCACUUGGGACUGCAACUAACUUGAUACUUGAUAAUAAUUGAUAUUUUGUUCUGUGCAUAAGUGUUAUGUUCUUGUUUUAAAUAAGAUGAUCUGAUAAAAUAUUAUUAUUAUCUAAUAAAUAUAUUAAUAAAUACUUACUAUCUAGCCCCGUUGUAAGAUAGCUGAUUUUAUGAUUUACAUUUAUUAAAUUUAAAUAACGUCAAGUCAAUUUCAUCUUUAAUUAUAUUUAUUGUAAUUCAUCUGGUAAUUAUCCGAAUUUCCACUAUAAUUUUAAUAAUCUGAUAAAACUAUCAAUAAUGAUUGGUUGCUCUAUAAUGACAGAUCUUUGUGAUAAUGACAGUAAAUGUGGUGUUGCCACACAGCAAGUUUAUUAGUCCCAUUUUUAUUAACUUCACUCUUUUAAGUCGCACUAUACGCGUAACUAGAGUGAGCAGGAUAUCAUAAUGCAGGAGUAACGAGAGCGAGCAGGAUGGAUGUACUUUAGGUUUUGCAAACCUUUUUUUACUGUGCUCUAGAAAAGUAAUGUUUCUCCUCCAUUACUAUAAAAUUUUAAAAGACCUACUUUGUGUUAUUAAUGCGCUAUGAGAUAUUUCGGGAAAACAAUAUUGUCGACCAAUACCGGAAGUAUCGCCCUUUAUAUUCGACCGCUAUUGGUUGACAGUUUGUCUUCACGAGAUAUGUCGUUUACACAUCACAGAUGUGUUAGCGACAUAUCUUAAUUUACUAGGAAUAUAAAUUUGUCUAUUUUUAUUACUCGGCACAAUAGUGCCAAUCGUUUAUGAGGGUAUGAACAUAUCCAUAUUAUAAUAUUUUUUCAAGAAAUAAAUUUUUAUUUAGAUAACAGAAUGUUCUUUCUCUUUUUGGCAUUUUGCAAUUUGUAACUUAUUUUGAAUAGUUUUAAAGUAUUUUUACCUUGAUUUGUAUGGACGAAGAUAAAUAUUAUGUUACGUGUAGACUGAAUGAGGAAUGAAUUUCCUCCGAAAACUUUAGAUUUAACUAAAUACUUCACUGUUUAUGGUCAUGUACUUUCUGAAACGGGGUUUGAACUUUGAAGAUCAGUGGCUUGACCGCCAUUUUGAAAUUUCACUAAAUAUAUUUUGUCUUAUCUAACCGUAUUUUUUUAUUCAUCUGAAAAGCGUAAUUAAGCGUAUUUUUCUUUAUAUUAUAUUUAAGUAAUAACUAACAGCUUCUCUGCAAUUCCUUGAAAACCACUUGAUUUUUUUAAAGAUCGUUAAGGGUUGCCCCUAAGACUGGAGACAUAAUUCUUUAUAGUAGAAAAUCUAUAAAUUACUUUUUAUGCUGGGACAAUUGAGCCUUCCAAAGCCACAGAUUAAAGAAUAAUAGGCAGAUAAAGCGCACGGAAAACGGCAGAGUAGUCAUUCCAAAAACGAAUACAUUCUCGAGUCAGUGCACGAUGUGUCGCAAUAGUUAUUUUCAAUAUUAUUAAAAAAAAUGGCGUCUUAAGUUUUUAAAUAUUUUAAAAACUGUUCACAAAAAAAACAAGAUGGAGUAUUUUAUUGAUCAUUAGCCUAAUAAGAUAUCAAUUUACGUAAUUGUUGUUAGUAUUAAAUCUUGGAAUACAAAUUAUAAAAAAAGUUUGUAUUUAUAUGCAGAUGUCAAGGAGACGCGUUAUGUUUCUUUUUUUACGAGUUUCAUUGGCCUCAUCGCGCGACUUGCAAAAACUCAUUCUGUAUUCUGUGAAUAUCCCGUAGAAAAUAUAUGAAUUACUUUUAUGCUAGGGCAAUUGAGCUAAAGCCAUCAUACUCCAUGAUUUAGCGUACUUAGUACUUACCUAUGGUAGGAGAAUGGGCUGACUUUUAAACCUUCGGCCUUCAUAAAUUAGGUAUUAAACAGGCUCAGCAUUUUCGAAAUAAAUCAAAAUGGCGGCUGCUCUUACUGACUUUCGGACCCCUUUCUUUUCAAAAUAUUGUAUGCUACGUGAACAUUAUUACCAGUACCUAUUGAUAACAUAAUAUAUGAGAGUUUAUAAGACGAUGUUGCAAGCUGUUGAUUAAUUCAAUAUAAUAUUAGUAGUAUUUAAAUUUUCCUUUUUUAUCUAUAUUUAAGUGGAUUAUUGUCAUUAAUAAAACAAAAAUGUGAACAAA